AUGGUCAAUACUGUCUACGAAAUACUCAGAGACUUCUGUCCUCCGAAGCCAAAGUACUUACCAGAACAAUAUCCAGAUUUGACUGGAAAAACUGCGGCCAUUACUGGUACAUCUGCAGGUAUUGGGUUUCAGACUACUAAAUUAUUAUUAAAGCAAAAUGCUACAGUUAUUACUUUCAACAGAAACCCUACCAAGACUUCUGAAUCUUUUGACCGGUUGGUCAAAGAGGUUUCCGAAGAAACGAAAACUAAUCCUCAAGACAUACGUGCAAGGUUGCACUCCAUAAUUAUUGAUUUGAGCGAUUUGACUACUAUAAAGUCAUCCGAAAGUCAAUUAAAAAAGUUUAGCUUGACAAAACUUGACUAUGCGAUUUUUAACGCAGGUGUGAUGGCACCUCCAAAUGGUUCGAAAAGUGCCCAAGGUUAUGAAUUGCAGAUUGGUACAAAUGUAUUAGGACAUCACUUACUUUUGAAGUUCCUUCACCCAUACAUUAUCAAUGCGGCUAGUCCUACUUUCGAGCCUCGUGUUAUUUGGUUGACAUCUUCAGGUCAUCUUGGCUCUCCUCCUAAUGGGGGGAUUGAUUUUGAUUCUUUCUACAAUGCAGACAAAUGUUCUUCUAUGCUUGUAUAUGGUCAAUCAAAAACGGGGAAUAUUUAUCAAGCAGGAAUCUACGGCCAAAAAUAUAAAAACAAAGGCAUCAUCAGUUUGGCUGUACAUCCAGGUUACUUAGCCUCCGAUUUGCAAAGAUCUCUUCCUUCACCUGCCCAAAAGGCUAUGGGGUUGUUAUUGUACCCUCCAGUCUAUGGAUCGUACACUGAAUUAUUUGCAACUUUACAUCCAGGAAUUACUGUUGAGCAAAAUGGUAGUUAUAUUGGACCUUGGGGUAAUUUUAGAUCGUUAAGAGGAGACAUCAAAAAGGGUUUGACAGAUGGUACUGGACGAAAAUUGUGGGAUUGGGCUGACCAGCAAGUUGAGCCAUUUCUUUAG